AUGUCUCUUGGUGAACAGGUGCACACAAAUCUCGUCCACUACAACUUGUGGACAGGUGUGCGGCUACAUGACGUGGACGGGGACGUUACUUUCGUUUCAGGGAUUCCUCCUUCGAAGCUAAGCUCAUCAGAUCUGAAAAAUCAAAAGGAAUGGGUAGUACCACGAUCAUUAAUUCAAAAUAGCUCCAUCUCUGUUUCCGAGAUAGCGAAUUGGUUUUCUGCCAUAGCGAGAUUGGACCAGCAACGGCCCCGUCGUGUAACUAUAGGAAUCGUCAAUGACGAUGGCACGAUUGUAUAUUAUUUUAUUCACGAUGGAGUAGUAGAGCCUCGUCAGAAUUGA